CCGCGUCAACAACAACCGAAUGCUAGUUCCGAAAGAGUGCGUCAUAGAAUAAUAUUUCGAAAUCAGAAAUGUGGAAAAUUUAUAAACCAUUAUUGGUUUUACUGCUGCUACAAGCUGCUCAGAAGCCCGCCGCAGCCAAGCCUACAGUGCCGCAAUACAACAAUGCAACACUGCAACUCUCGCGAGGCAUACAAAUGGCGGCAUAUAUGAACGAGAAUGCAAAUCCGUGCGACAACUUCUACAACUGGGCCUGUGGGCGAUGGGCGUUAAGUCAUCCUGCGACGGCAGGAAGAAACAAAACCUCAUUUGUAGGUCUACUGGAGGAUUUGUAUGUGAGCAAAUGUGCCGCAGCGCUGCAGGAGCCUGACAAUGAGAGUGGCAAUAACAACGGUGCAGCAGCGACUGAUACAUACCUGAACAAUUUGCUGAAGACAAUUUUCGACUCAUGCCAUGAUACGCAGACCAUUAAGACYGUGGGUUAUGCGCCCAUUUGGGAUGCACUUAAUUUUCAAAUCGGUUGGCCSCAAAUAACUGAUAAUGAUUGGUUCGAAGACGAGUAUGAUUGGCUCAAACUUGUUGUGCUGGCAAAGCGUAAAUUCAAUGUGGACGUUUUCAUAGCGUUCGACGUAGUGAUGGAUCUGCAGAAUGYGGACAAAAGUCGCAUACAACUAGGCGCGCCUGCUUUAGAGUUGGAGAAACACGCCAACUAUGCGCGCCACGUACAAAAUAAGCUGCAGCGAUUCUUUCCCGAGAUGAGUAACGCUUGGGCGCAAGAGCUCGCCUCGCAGGUGCAGCAAGUGGAAGAACAGUUGGGCAAAGCAUUGCAUAAUGUCACACGGGAAGCGCCGCCACUCGAACGCUAUGUGGCUGAACUGAAGGCCUCCUACGGCAGUUUUGUGGAUUUAAGCCGCUAUCURCAGCUGAUGUUCGAUCGCUCGAUUAACGAGAAGGUUUACGAAACGCCGAAGGGAUAUUUCAAAAAUCUUGUCGAUAUCAUUCGGCUUACACCGAAACUGACGCUAGCCAAUUACACGCUGUGGAAGGUUUUGGACCGUUUCGACUUGGGCGGCAGCAAAGAGUUUUGUGUGCAUAAAUUGAUCGACWUUUUCCCGCACGAAAUGGAGUAUUUCUACAAUCGCAAUUACGAAGAUACCGAACUAUUYCAAGAGCUGCAGACAAUGUUCCACACUAUCAAAUAUAACCUAAAUAGCGAGCUGCAAACCUCGCCACGCUUUAGUUGGAUAUCGCCAAAGACAUUGCAGAACUUACGCGAGAAACUGCGAGCAAUGCGCAUAGAGGUCUUGCAACCGCAGGAGCAUAUCGGUUUCUUUCAAGGUGGCAUCAAGCCCUCCAACAUGUAUCCCGAUCAAUACUACAAUAACAUCAUCAAUUUGUUGGAGUGGCAAAAUGAAAAGCARUUACUCAAGCUACAUCAGGCCGCCGCGCUACUGCAUGUACCGCAAAGCAACCCAUCUUAUACGCUGAAGUUACUGCCCACUUACAAUACACAAACAAAUACCAUACAAUUCCCAGUGGUCUUCCUGCAGCCACGCUUCUUUUGGGAUACUUUCGGUUUCGUUUUGGCGCAACAAAUUGUACGUGGCCUUAGCGAGAACGACAGCGAAGCUGAGCAACAAAAAGUGUGGGAUAUUGCCUCCGAAUUGACUUUUGUCAAACGUUCCAGCUGUUUAGCUGAUCAGUCGUAUUAUUCAGCGAAAGAGUUUGAMGGCAAAACUGUGAAUGAUCGCGAACGCCUGAAGAAGGCCUUCGCAGAUAACGGUGGUCUUUCUUUAGCCUAUCGCUUGUAUGAAAAGUGGACGCAAGGUAAAAGUGAGCAAGACAUCGGCGUCUUACCACGUUUGCCAAAUAAACAUAGGCAGCAGUUCUUCCUCGCUUAUGCGCAGUUCUUCUGUGUGGAUUAUGCCGACGAAGUGCCCGAGUUCGUGGACUUACCGGAAGCGUUGCGUGUAAAUGGUGCUGUGGCGAAUUUAAAUGAAUUUGGAAAUGCAUUUGAAUGUGGUGUCGAGCAUACGAUGAAGGAAAAGUGCGUUAUAUUCUAGUUAGCAUAUAAAAUAAAUUUAAUUAUAUGUUUUAGAAUUAUAGUUGAAGUAAGUACUGUUCAAAUAAAGUAUCGUAUAUGAUA